AGGGCUGAAGCUGCUCUCGGAGCACUUGGACCCCAAGCUUUUGUGCCGCCUGACGCAGCUGCAAGAGCUGGACCUCUCUAACAACCAACUGGAGACCCUGCCCGACAACCUGGGCCUGUCCCACCUCCGCGUCCUCCGCUGUGCCAACAACCACCUGGGGGACAUCACUGCGCUGAGCCAGUUCCCGCAGCUCGAGGAGCUGAGCCUGGAGGGCAACCCCUUCCUGACAGUCAACGACAACCUGAAAGCCUCCUUUCUCCUGCCCAAGCUCCGUAAGGUCAAUGGCAAGGAUGCGUCCUCGACGUGCUCUCAGGUGGAGAAUCUGAACCGAGAGCUGACCAACAGGGUCACAGCUCACUGGGAGAAGUUCAUGGCCGCUCUAGGCCCCGAAGAGAAGGCUGAGAAGGCCCAGGCGGACUUCGUGAGGUCUGCCGUCAGGGAUGUCCGCUACGGGCCUGAGUCCCUCAGCGAGUUUACCCAGUGGCGGGUACGGAUGAUCUCUGAGGAGCUGGUAUCCUCCGGUGGGACCCAAGUGCCAGAGGCAGGCAACCUAGAGAGGCCCCCAGAAGCUUCAGCUGCCUGCAAGCCCAGGGCCAGGCUCGCGGCCUUGAAACGGCCGGCUUGUGUCCCACUCAACCUCUCUCCCAACAAGCGGGUGUGCGCCUCUCCAUCGGCCCAGACGGAGGGCAGCUCCAAGGGUUCCGAUGGCAGCCAGCCCGCCCUGAAGCUGGAGCCCCUGUACUUCCUGCAGUGCCACAGCAAGAACAACAGCCCUCACGACCUCGAGACCCAGCUGUGGGCCUGCGCCUUUGAGCCGGCCUCGGAGGAGGGGGCCACAUCCCAGACCGUGGCCACAUGUGGCGGAGAGGCUGUCUGCGUGAUCGACUGCCAGACGGGCAUCGUGCUGCACAAGUACAAGGCCCCCGGCGAGGAGUUCUUCUCAGUGGCCUGGACAGCCCUGAUGGUGGUCACACAGGCAGGCCACAAGAAGCGCUGGAGUGUGCUGGCGGCCGCAGGCCUGCGGGGCCAGGUCCGGCUGCUGCACGUGCGUGCUGGCUUCUGCUGCGGGGUCAUCCGGGCGCACAAGAAGGCCAUCGCUACCCUGUGCUUCAGCCCCGCCCGUGAGACCCACCUUUUCACGGCCUCCUAUGACAAGCGGAUCGCCCUCUGGGACAUCGGGAUGCCCAACCAGGACUAUGAGUUCCAGGCCAGCCAGCUGCUCGUGCUCGACUGCACCUCCAUCCCCCUGCGCCUCUGCCCCGUUGCCUCCUGCCCAGAUGCCUCCCUGCUGGCUGGCUGUGAGGGGGGCUGCUGCUGCUGGGACGUGCGGCUGGACCAGCCCCAGAAGAGGAGGGUGUGUGAGGUGGAGUUUGUCUUCUCGGAGGGCUCCGAGGCAUCUGGACGGAGAGUGGAUGGGUUGGCGUUCGUGAACAAGGACGUAGUGGCCUCCAAGGGGAGCGGCCGGGGCACCAUCUGCCUGUGGAGCUGGAGCCGGACGUGGGGGGGCCGGGGCGGCCAGGCCACCGUGGCGGUGGCCGUCCUGGCUCGGCUGCAGUGGUCCCCCACCGAGCUGGCCUACUUCUCGCUGAGCGCCUGCCCCGGGGAGGGCGUCGUGCUCUGCGGGGACGAGGAGGGCAGCGUUCCCCCUCUCUCUCCCCACCAGAUCCUUAGGUGGCCGCAGCCCCGGGCCCUGGACCAGACGGUGACCAAGACCAUGGUGAACACGGUGGUGGCCAACCCCGCCUUCACCUACCUCACCGCUCUGACAGACUCCAACAUCGUAGCCAUUUGGAGGAGGCAGUUGCCUUGAGCAGGAACUCCUGCCUCUACGCAAAGCACCGGGGACACAGCCUAACUUAUUCAGCCUUUGGGCUGACGACAGGGGAUAUUUUUAUUAAACUCUACUGUGGAUGCAAA